CGAAAGGGAGCAGCUAAAGCAGUCCUCUCCUCAUCAGCCGCCAGUUUGAAGGCAUAGACCAUAUAUUUUCCUUCUGAUGUUGGUGCCUGUUGACUCUUAACAGACACUUAUCGUCAUCAUGGAAACCUCUCCAAAUGUUUCUAAACGCAAAAAGGAUGUUCUCCAAUCAGACUCCACCAUUACAGGAGAGGCAGGGACUUUACCUUUUGCUCUGAGCAACCCAGAACGCAAUGCCUACUGGGGCACAGAGCCUAAUUUUAACCUCAAUCUUAACUUGAUGUCACCAAGUAACCCUCGCUCGUUAUUAGAAGCCACAAAGCAACAUGGAGGAAGCAGAAAAGAUGGGAAUAAAAAAAGUGGAAAAUCUGGGGUCAAAGGAGCAGCUGAAACAAGCAAGUUCACAGAUAUUUGUGCAACUCCUGGGCUGUCAUCGGGUGAGAAAGAGGAUCCACCUCAGCAAAGAAGUAGAAUUCCUGGACUGUCCCACUCACUGACAGUGAACACCAAAGGCGAGCAAAGGCUAAAGUCCCCAAACCCAAAACAUACCUCAACACUCAGCCCCAAGAUGCAAUCUCACAACAUGAUGGCAGGUCCAAAACCACAACAGUUGGACCAAACAACUAUUGACAGUAGUUCCAAAACCACAGAGCAAAUAAAAAUACAAACACAGAAAACAGAGUCCACCAUCAAUCAUAGUGUUAUACCCAGAAUUGUCCUAAAAACAGAAUCAACAAGCAAAACUGCAACUGAAAUCCCUGAGAGUUCCUCAGAGAGCCUGAAAGUGCAAACGAACAAUAAAAACAAUAGUGGAAAUGUGGUUAUAGAUGAGUCAUCACAACAAAUACUUCACCACUCUGGAAGUUCAAAAGUCCACAGAGGAGAUGCAAAUGUGAAGACUCCAAGACUGGCAAAUCGAGCCACAACAACAGCUAACCCCAAAAUCAGUAAAGCAGAUCCAGAAAGUACAGCUAGAAAGUCAAAUGAACAAACCAGCCAUGAGUCAAGAACUCCACUUUCUGAUCUGCUGAAAUCAUCGGAAGAUUCAAAGUUGCACUGCCAGAGUGAAAUGUCAUUUUUAAAUACUAGGACCACUCAACAAGGUUCUUUAAGUCCAAAUCCAUCCACACAGAAGAAAGCUACCACAGCUAGAAACACUAACACUAAUGCAUCGGGGUCCAAGGACAGUCUUGAUAGUAACAAAAUAAGUACUGGUUCUCAAUCCAAAACCAGUUCCAAAUGUAGUUCAAAUUUGAAAACACCAACGUCCAAAGACAGCCUUCUGUCUGAAGCCAGUUUGGAAGGCAAAACAAGUCCCAGUACUAAAGCUGAAAUGGGGUCACAAGACAGCCUUGAAUCAAAAAGUCGAUCUGAUUCCAAGACCAGUUGGGGAUCAAAGGACAAUUUGGACUCUAAAUCUGGGUCUAAUCCGAAACCCAGUUGUCGUUCUAAAUCUGGGACAGGGUCUAGAGACACUAUUGCUUCUAAAACAGUCUCUGAGGUCAAAGGAAAUUCUGCUUCUAAAACAAGUUUUGAUUAUAAGAUGGUUGUGGUUUUUAAAUCUCACUUAGAGUCAAAGAAUGACCUAUACCCUAAAUCUCAGAUCCCUUUAGCCCCGAAAUGCAGUUCCAGUCUCAAAAUCAGUUCAAGAUGUAAUACAGGUUCUAAGGAUUCUCUGCUGGACUCUGGGUCCAAAAACAGCAACCUAAAGACAUCUGGCUCCAAUACUAAAUCCAACCCUGGUUCAAAUGCAAGUUCAGAUACCUCCAAUGCUGGACCAGUUCAAUCUAGUUCAACGUCACUGUCAGAAGCUUCUCCUAGAACUGGAUCACCAACUAGGGGUGUUGGUAAAUGGGAGCAUCAAAGGACUCCUGGUUCUGCUCCAGGUUCUGGUGCCAUUACAGGGCUGCUGACUCCUCUGGCCACCUCCAGCCCCAAAACCAUCACUGUAGCAACAGUAAUGGGAGAAUCCACAAUGAAGCCAAUUACAUCUGUCACUAAUGGAACAAAACCCAGCCACGUUCCCAAAAAUACAAAUCUGAAACCUUAUGAUUCAAUCACUAAAACACCAGGAAAAACAGUGGCUGACAAUGAGAAAGAUAACAUUAAAGUGACAGAGUGUAAAAUACCAGCACUACGAGAACCUGUUCCAUCCCAGGGGGCUGUUAGGGGGGUAGAUAUGACUGACAGCACAGACAUUCAGCUAAGGAAACCAUCUAACCUGGGAGAUGCUAAUGCCAUCGCUGCAGGUGGCAACAUUCACUCAUCUGAAACAACAAAUGUGGAGACAGCAAAUGACAACAAGAAGCAGCAGGACAGAGUUAAACAGAGGAAUAAUCCGGGGAGUGCUCUUCUUUCUCCUUCCCUUCGCAGUCAUCCAGCAAACACAGUUAAGAGAAUAACAGUCAACGAGGCUGCAACCAUGACAGAUUCCAGUGUGAGACAGAAAGAGGUGGGGGUCCAGGUGGAGAUAGAGAUGACUGAGUGUUCUGCCUCAACCAGCCCAAACCUGAGUAAAGGAGCUCUGACCUCCUCUCUGAUUGGUUCCCCUAGCUGUCAGUCAGGUAGUUUGACCUCACCCAUGGUCCCAUCAUUAUGCUGCAUCCCUGCUAGUCAGCCCCCCCCCUUCCAGCACAUAUGCAAAAUUGAAAUCGAGCUCCACAGCCAAUCAGUGCUUCCCUCUGUUCUGGGUGACAAGGCCAGCUCUCUCCCUUCCUGUUUCCGUACAUACAGCUUCCAGAAGAGCCCUGCACUCAUGCCAAAACUGAGUCGUGGACCAAAUAAAGACAGGAACAUGGGUGCUAAAAGUGUCUUGGAGGAUGAGGAGGAGAAAGACAAAGGGACAAAUAAAGAGGGGGUAGAGGACAAAAAGAAGGUAGAUGAAAUGGUGAAGCCACAAAAUGUGGUGUGGGACGAGCAGGGAAUGACGUGGGAGAUAUACGGUGCCUCGGUGGACCUGGAGUCCCUUGGCACUGCAAUCCAGUCUCAUCUCGAGUCAAAAAUACGGGAGCAAGAGAAACACAUAAGGACUCUGCGGAAGUCCAUCUGCUCUGACCUCAGCCCCAGAGCAUGGAAGAUACAGAAGGGGAAGAAGAGAAAAGGAGGUAUCCUAGGAUGUUGCAGGAAGGCAUCUCCAGUUGCAGACUGAGAAGAUGUCUGUAUAGGUUCUCAUUUGCCUAAGUCAAUGUUCUUCGUCGUUCUUCUUGGUUCAAAACUGAAGAAGUCUCUUGGAUGAGAGACAAAACAUUU